AAAAUGAAGGUUGUCGGAGCAAAUGUCCACUUCCAGAAGUUAGAAGCCAAGUGCUCCUCACCAACAUUCUUCCAAAGCUAUCUGCAAAUGAUAGCCGCUCAAGAACUCUCCGAAUUUCUUCAAAUGGAGAUUCACCUCAAAUUCGAGGAAGAAGUUCUCGAAUUCUACAGAAAUGGAGAAAUCAAAACUGCCCAUUCAAAGAAGGACCCACAGAGGACGUUUCCAGUCAUCAAGUCCACUGUUGGGGGUACAAAAGUAAAGCUUUCGCAAAAGAAAUUGGGAGAAAAGCUUCGCCUUCCCAAUUCUGGAGUUGAAGUUGGGAAAUUUCCAGUCAAAAAUCUGGACUGGAACAUCAUUGGAAUCUCUGGGCAAGCUCCUUCUGGCCCAGCGAAGAAAGCAGAUCUAAACAACGAUUACAAGUUGGUUUUGGAACUGGUCAUCGCUUGCCUCGAGUGUGGAAGUGGAGGUCAUGGCGAUGACAUCACCCAGGAGAGAGCCUUCAUCAUCAACUCUCUCAUUACCAAAACUAAGGUAAACUGGGCUGCACACUUUUUCAAUUCCAUCUCAAAGCAUUUGGGAAAGCCCCAGCAGAAAUAUCUCUGUCAAGGACUAUACCUUGGACAUAUUUUGGAAUCUAUGGGUAUUGCUUCUAAAGGAAAGAAGUAUGAAGAAAGAUACUGGUUAUAUUAUCUGUCUUCAAAAGGGGAAAACAGAGCUGGUACUAGUGCCACUGCAGAAGAAAGCUCUUCAGAUAACGUCCCACUCAUCCAUAUGACGAAGACUACCAAAAGGAAGAAAGUGGUGUCUCCCUCCAUUGAAGCACCACAGAAUCUUGCUCCAAUAAACCUUGAAGAAGAAGAAGAAUCCUCUGACCAAGGAGAACUUCAAAGGAAGAAGAAGAGGAAGAUCAACUCCCCAUCAACAUCUAGAAAUAUCUAUCCGGAUGAGUUGAAGGAGAAGGAACCUGCUGAGGAAACAUCUGCUCAUAACCGGAGCUCUCAACAAUUUGAAGAAGAAAUUCCUCAAGUCCAAAGCCUUCCAACCUCAUCUCAGCAUCAAACAGAUGAUGCAGAUAACCAAUUCUGGCAGUUAUACUAUGAUUGGAAAGCCUGGAAAGUUGGAAAUUCAGCAGAGCAACUGUUGAAUUGGGACCAACAGCUGAAGAAUGAGAAAAUCAUCAAGAAGUGCUUAGGAAUACCAGUCAACCACAACUGUGAACAGAUUUUGGAUGACUACUGGGUAUGGAAAAGGAACCCUGAAGACUUGCAUCUGGAAUACCUAGCCAAUACACCAGUUUCAGACUGUGAAGCAGAUGAUGAAGACACUGCAGUCUUCAAGCCAGUCUUCUCAAAAGCUACAGAAGAUCAAGUGGCUCUCACUUCUGAAGCAACAGCUGAGGAUUUCCAAACAUUUCCGGAAACCUCACCUGCCCUC